ACCAGCAGCACAGAAGAGAAAGCUUCACGUUUUAUACGGAGGGUUUAUUUAUUUAUUUAUUUAGCGCUUAUCUUCAUUAGUGCCGAUGUAUGAUUUAUUCUUUUGUUGCUUUUGUUACGAUGCCUGCAUUGUUUUAAAGAACAGCCUUUUCCACGUUGCAUUUUGAAAUCAUAAUUUACAUCUAAGUAGAUUUUUUGAGCUAAGCGAAUCGGUGACAAUGUAGUUAUAAAGGAAAAACACUGCACGGAACAUUAGAUUAAAUAUGCAUGAACAUGGAUGAAGAAGGAAAACAGAAUAGUUAAUUGACUGAUGCUCGUUUUCAUUAGUCGGAGUACAGCUGUGUUGAGGCGGAUUUCAGUUUAACCCACUGACUGCGAAAUUUUAUUUCUUUUUUUGGAAGCAGUGGUGUUUUUUUGUUUGUUUGUUUGUUUGUUUGUUUUUUCUUAAUCCAAAGCGGAAAAUGUAACGGUUUAAUUGAAUCGCAGUGUCCGUGUCGCCAUCACUCCACUGCGCCAGGAUGGAGCGAUCGCCACGCUGGAGAUGACGCAAAUGACCCAGCUCUACCCCAAAAAAAGUGAUUCACGACGAACAUGGCGGCAACUUAGCACAGGACCAAAGAUGAUUGUGACUAUCACCCGCAAAAGCUCGAGACCAUCCGCCCAGACCCGGUCCAGGAAAUUCGGCGGGACGCAGCGCGAAGUUCUCUCCUUCCCUUGACGAACGCCGGUAGAGGGAAAGGAGGAGACGAGAAGAGGCGGCAUCCCAGAGACUCAUCCACGGCGGAGAGGAGAGGAGAGGAGGAGAGGAGAGAGACAUGCUGGCGCGGAGGAGCGGGCUUUCCUCCCGAGAGCCACGGACUACGGGAAUAUGCCAGUGUGUGCUUCAUUCUCUGUCCGUGCAUUAAGUGAAUAGCGGAUCGACACAGAAAUAGCAGGAGAGAGCGAGUGAGACAGAGAGAGAGAGAGAGAGAGACGCGUUUACAAGGGAAAAAAAUCCAUCUAGACCACCCCCCCACCCCCCAAAGUCAAUGAAUAUUGUGGCAGAGGAGCCGUCGCGGUGGAGUCGGCCGGCGCCGCGCUUUCCUAAAAUAUGACCAGGGGUGCUCGGACGUGUCGGCAGCAAGAUGACGGCUUGAACAUCCGCUCUGCACCCCGCCAGGACGAGAAGCCAUCCGCCGAUUCGGAACGGGCCCAGCGAUGGCGACUGCGCUUGGCCUCCUUCUUGUUUGCGAGCGUCCUGCUCGCUGAUCGCCUGUGGCUGUGCGCCGCGGCCAAACCGACGAGCACUAACGGCGAGCGACGGGACGCGGUGGCGUUCAGGGACACGGGGGAUCAGGAGUACCGAUCUUUUCCCGGCACCACCGACUAUACUCAUCUUUUCGCAGGGAAUUCUAGCACACCUCUGUGGAGACUGGAAGCGUGCCACCCCGACAGCGUCUCCAAAAGCUGCUUCGCGGUGGCGGACGCCGAGGCUGCGUGUUCGGGCCUCUCGGACGCCGAGUGGAAUCUGAGUGAUUUGUACCUGCCCUUUUGUGAUUCCUACUCCCUUUUGGAUUUGUUUUACGGGUUCUCGAGUCCGGGCAACGUGAGCUGCGGCCUCAAUAUGUCGACGUGUUCCCGGUGCGUCCGGGCUUACCAGCACCUCGACCGGCGAGCUCAGGAGAGGUACCAUGAGUUUGAGCUCCUGGUUCAGAAAUACGAAACGGACGCGUAUUCGGUGCGGACAUGCAUGGAUGAAUGCACGACUGUCUACAAACACUGGCUGUGUUUCCAGUACUUCCAGACCACACAGAUGCAUUGCAGCAACAGGAUCCCAUGCAGACAGUACUGCCUGGAGGUCCAGCAGAGGUGUCCCUUCAUAUUGCCUGACAACGAUGAGUUAAUUUAUGGUGGAAGCCCUAGUUUUAUAUGCACAGGGCUCCUGGAAGACAGCCCUUCAGAUGUAGAAGCAGAGUGCUGUGACGUUCGAUGGGACAGUAAGUCUGACAACAGCUCCAAAGGGACUUUCAAAAGAACUCACCCGUCAUGCCAGCACGGGACGUCCCUGAGCUCGUCAGCAAACUCCAGACUGUGCAACAGCAGGCUCAAACUCUGCCUGCUAGUCCUGGUCCUGCUCCAUACUGUGGCCACAAUCACAGCCUCCCACAACCUCAGCACCAUGUCCUCUCUGGAGGAGAACUCCACCAAUGAUGAGUGAUGAGGCACGCGAACGUUACGGCCAACAAACGUCAGUUCUCAGUCCAGCUCGGAUUGACUACAGUGCUUUCGGGGAAUCCUAAUGCAGGAUGGGAUUACUGUGGACAUGCAAUCAACAAAGCAAACAAACGGACGGACAGACGGACUUGCGAACGUUAACAAACACUGGACAAACUUAAUCCAAUGUCAUGAACAAGGGACAACACCACAGCCUUUUGUUGAAAGAGACCUCUCUAGGGUGGAGUUCUCUCGCACCAUAUUUUUUACACUGUGUCAAAUGGUUUGGAUUUCAGUUGCACUAGAUGACUACAGGAUCUCUUCAUGUUCUCGUUUUCUUUUCAUUACUGGUCUUUGUGCAGGAAAGGAUGGGACACAUGGAUGGGUUACAUGUAUAUUAUCAAAAUGAAAACACAAGUGUGUGCAUGUGUGUGUAUGUGUGCACAUCUGUGCCCAACCAUAUGCUUUAUAUGCUGCUCUGUCCACCACAAGGAUUACUAUGGAGCCUAGAAAACAGUUUUAAUAAGUCAGAAAGUGCAAAACUACCUAAUUGAAUGUCCAAAAUACUCAGCUGAAACCCAGCAUUCUGAUUCGCUAAUCGAUUCUCCCUUACUAUAGCUGACUGUGCAUACAGUAGUUUUACCAUUGCAAUGUCGCUGGGACAGUAGAUCAGGAAAUUUCAAGGCUCCAGAUAUGUGUGCAAUAUAUAGAAGAAUUACUGACUGGAAGUAGAAGUGCUUGCUGAAAAAGCCUUUGUCAAAUUGUAAUCUUUGGAAUACGAUUCACUACUGAGGUAAAUGUUUCCUCUUCUGUAUGUCCACUCAACCUGCACAAAAGCAUACACUCCCUAAGUCUGCUUUUUUUCCCCCUGCCCUUAGUAGUAUAUUUAUACAGAUAUAUUCUCUACUCUAUAUUCGAUAACUGCAUGUUAUUACUAAUGUUUAGACUAAACAGUCUAAAUUUUAUUAAUAAACCCAAAUGAUAUGAAGACGUUCAUAGCGCAAUGCGUUUUAAGCAGAUCUCAGCUGAAAUGACUAAUGAUUUUAUUUGGAAUAUGGACUUAGCCAGGAAGAACUUAAGGGACAAAACAACCUAAAGAGUAACCAUUGCUUUGCUGAAUAUCUCAUAUCUUCCACAGUAAAGGGCUUUUUCAUUGUUUACACAUGCACACAUUCACACACUUCUGCAAUUCUUGCUUGUAGAGAGUAAUAUGGCAUGGACAGCUCAGUUGCAAUUUUUUUUCAUCCUAGAAUAGAUAUGUAUUAAUAAAAAAAAUAUAUUUGUUGCUGCAUAGACGUGACGAUCAACCAUAUAGUCACGCAGCUCCCUACGGCCAGGUCCCUUAUGAGAGACCCAAAGAUAUGAGAGUUGUUUUUUUCUGUCUUUCUUUCUUUCUUUCUUGACUGAGCAGGAGCAGGGGAGGAGAUGCUAAGGGCUUAUUUCCUGUGUUUCCCCCCCUUUUCUACAGCUAUACUCUAACAAAUGAGCUACAUUCAUAUUCAUAGUGGCUCAGAGACACAAUAACGAUUAGCAUUUUAAGACCAUGAGUGUUUGGAUUUGUACUUCAUGAUUAAUCUGAGUCACGUUAGAUAGUUUGGUCUCCAAUCAGCAUUCUUACGCCAGCAGAAGAGUCGGAGUCAGCGACUUUCAUUCUGCAGUACAACCGAAAUCAUUUCAAUUGAAAUAUAUCACUAACUAGCAUUGGCUUCUUUUAUAGAUCUUUUAUAGACCAACGGAUUUGGGAUUUUAUGGGUUCCUCUGUGCUUUUAUGAAAAAGCAUGGAUCUAAAAUACUGAUGUCCUAUGGAAAGCAUUUACCAAGAACAAAUUUAAGAGAUAUACAUAUACAUCUCCUUCAUUUUUUUUUUUUUUUAGGGUUUUUUCUCUUUUGUUUGUUUGUUUUUGUUUUGUUUUUACAGGAAACUAAGGAUGGUAGAUCAAGCAGAUCAACUCUUUGACCUCAGUAGCCCCUAACCUUAUUGUAUUUCUGCAAAAUACGUACUAAUUCCUUUAUUCUGAAUAUUAGAACAUUAAACUAUAUUGGGUUUGAAACUAAGAUUCAACUAAGUGCACUGGAGUUGCACUGGAGUUGAGGUUCCUGAUUUAUUUUAGGAGACUGAAUUAAUUGUGCAUUCACCAGAUUUGCUUUGAUGGAACAUGAAUGCUAAAUGAAUGAGCUGGGGACAUAAAUUAGUAAAACAGUCACAACCUUCACUUUCAUUCCAUCAAAUUUCCUUUCACUUCUUUAUCUUUAAAAGGAUAAUAAGAUUUCCUAUAAAUCUAAGGAAAUUAAUUUAAUUAAACUCGACAUAUUUUUGAAGAAUGGAUAGUAUAAUAAUGGUAUGUUGCCUUGGAAUACAGAGGUGUAUUUUAUUAGCAACUCAAAUUCUGGGUAAAUUAGAACUGUAGGAAUUGAAAGCUAAAUCAAAAAUGUCAAGUAAUUCUUGAACACAUUCCUAGUUCAGUUUUAAACCUUUCUUCACCAGUAAGCUCUCCAUUCAUUCCAGUUCCUCAAUACUUAAAGAAACUAAGCUCAAGAGCUAGAGGGAUUUAAAAGUUCAACCCCAAUUCCGAAAAAUUUGGGACAUUAUGGAAAAUAAAAAAAAAAACCAAGCAAAAGGUGUCAUUUGAAAAUUCAC